UGUUUAAUAUAGGCAAACAUUGCUGCCUGCGUUAAGUGUCUGUAUAUAUGACUUAUUCUGUUCAUAUAACUCGGAAGUCACUCCACGCUUAUACAACAACAUAAGAAUGAAAGGCCUACUGGAAAGGCUCAAAGAAGGUCCUGUUGUGGGCGACGGUAGCAUGUGUAUGACUUUGGAAAAGCGAGGUUACUGUAGAGCAGGCCAAUGGACACCUGAAGCUGUACUGGAAUAUCCCGACGCAGUAAAGCAACUCCUACGAGAAUACUUGCGCGCUGGUGCAGAUGUUUUGCAAACUCCUUGCUACGCGUCUAGCGAUGGUCGUUUGAAGCGAGGCAGAAUAACCUACACGACCGCUGAAAUAAAUGCAGCCGCAUGCGAUCUUGCUUACGAAGUAGCGCAAGAAGGCAACGCCUUGGUUUGUGGGGGUAUUACACCUGUACUAUCCUACCUGCAGAACAAAGGGGAGGAAGCAAUAAGGGAGGAAUUUAAUGGUCAGCUGGACGUUUUUAUUAAACGGAGAAACAAUGUGGAUUUCAUUUUGGGAGAAUUUUUUGGUCAUAUUGAAGAACUUGAAAUAUGCGUUGAUGUGAUGAAAAAAGCGAAAAUGCCAAUUGCAUGCACAAUGAGAAUUGGUGCCUUGGGAGAUUUAAACGGAGUCUCUGUUGAAGAAUGUGCUGUAAGAAUGGCUAAAACUGGAGCAGACCUUAUAGGUCUUAAUUGUUUGUUUGACUUAAAUGCAACUUUAAAAACAUUAAAACGGAUGAAAAACGCUCUGGAUGCUGAAGGUAUCACUACACCACUGAUGUGUCAACCUCUGGGCUUUAUGUGCCCAGAAGUCGAACAUACUACAAAUGGCUAUUCCGGACUUCCAGAAAAUCCUUUGGCACAAGAUCCACGCCAGGUGACCAGAUUUGAGGUUCAUAAGUUUGCACGGGAAGCUUAUAACUUGGGGGCGCGUUAUAUUGGAGGUUGUUGUGGAAUGGAACCGCAUCAUAUUAGAGCUAUUGCACAGGAGCUUGCACCAGAACGAAACAGAAAUCCUCCAGUUCAAGAUAUGUGUCCACCAUGUGGGUUUCUUGAUAGAUCCUGCAUUUCAACGAUUAAAAAAAAGGUCAGACAUGGAAUUCUGGAUGAAAGUGAAACCUGGAAGUGGAAGGCCUUACAAUCCUCCAUGUGUUAAAGUAGCUCAUGUGAACAGAUUUUAAAACUAUGUAGAAUGACUUUAUGCUGAAUGGUGCAUACAGAAAAUAAUCUCAGUGCUGCAAAGACAAAUCUGUCUGUACCAGAGUUCUUUGGUCUGUACUAUCUUUUUCUGCAAUUUUUGUUUGUAGUAACAGUAUGCCUUGUAGUGUUUUUAAUUAUUUUUGCAUACUGUGUUUAACUUUAAUAAGUAAUCAGUUGAUCUCCGCUACAACAAUAAAUUCUAUUAAUUACUAUA